AUGUUAUCUGAGGUAGAAAGUGCGGACACGCUUCCAUUUUUCAAGGAUGCCAGUCCGAAGUACGAAGUUAACGAGAACGAUAAAAUCAUUGCGCCUAGUAUUGCAGAGGUUGACUCUGACCCUGAAAAGUUAAGAGAGAUACGUGGACAGGGACGGUACUUUGGUAUUGAAGAUGGUGAAGAUGGUAUAGUUGAGCCCUUGCCCAAAUGUAAUAACUGUUCACAAAGAGGUCAUUUGAAGAAAAACUGUCCGCAUGUGAUAUGCUCUUAUUGCGGUGUGCUUGAUGAUCACUAUUCGACUCACUGUCCAAAAACGAUGAGAUGUUCACACUGUAACGAGCCUGGUCACUACAGACAGCACUGUCCUGUGAAGUGGAAACGAGUGUUUUGUACGCUGUGUCACAGCAGUAGGCACUCGAGGGACAGGUGUCCAAGCAUCUGGAGAAGUUACUGUCUAAAAGAAUCCAGUGACAAGAGAGUGCUACCCUUGCACCAAAUAUACUGCUAUAAUUGUGGUGGGAAGGGCCACUUUGGUGAUGACUGUUUAGAAGCUCGUUCUUCAAGGGUACCGAACGAUGAUGGUUCAGCAUUUGCAGGUAACAAUCUACCAUCAUCGGUAAGGCCAGACUACAACAGAAAUUUGAAGGAAUAUAAGGUCAAGACCGACUACAGUUAUGACGAUUAUGAUUACAAUAAUUACAACUUUGAAGAAGAUGACGGUGGUAGUCAUUAUUACAGCUCUAGGUACAAUAACGGUGAAAGUAAUGGGAACAAAAAUAAAAGAUCGGCUGUGGAUUAUGGCGAUGCUCGGCCUUCUAACUUUUAUGCUCCUCCUUACAACAAAAAGAACAAAAGAUCGAACAACAGUAACGGCGGUAAUGGAAAUACGGCAAGACUUCCAGCCCCAACUGUCAAGGGCAAAGUGCUGCCCCCAAAACCAACUAGAUCGCAUCCAUUGGAUUUCCCAAGAAAUCCAAAUGUCAAUAUACCCCGCUACGGAAGUAGCUCAUACCAGCCCUCUAAUGACAGAUAUAGAAACUAUAACUCCUACUCGGGCUUUAAAAAGCGCCGUUGA